UAAACCAAAAAAGAAACCCACUAAGUAAAAAGACAAGAAUUAUACAAAUACAAGUAUAAAUAAAAAUCAAGCCAAAAAGCAAACUUGUUCAUUACAUACAAAUUUAGAAUUAGCUGUAAAAUAAAAGCAAGUCAAAGGAUUUAUUGUCCUUCUUCUUCUGCUCUGCAGUCACUUUCUCUCACACUCCUUUCUUUCUUCUUCACUCUUUUAUGCUUACUUAUCAGAUCCAUCUUCGGCAUCUUCAACAAGGCUGGCUCCUGAUUGUUAGAAUUUGUUGUAUUGUAGAAUAUUGGAGUUGGGCACUGGGAAGUGUGUUGUUUCUGAAUGAAUUUUGUAUGAGUGUGUAGUGGUUGAUUUGAAGGAUUAGAGAGUUGUGAAUUAUUGGAGUUGGAAAUGGAAGAAAUACAAUCCCAAUCAGAUAAUUAUAGGUCUUCAUCUUCCUCAGCUAGUAGUCCUGCUACCAGUAGAGUGCCUUCGAGUAAUUUCUUCUAUUUGAGGAAACCUGGUUCUCUUAGACAACCCAUUUCGUUUGAGGAUUCGCCGGACUGGGGGGAUGAUACGGAUAUUGAUGUUAGAGUGGAUGACGUAGCUGACUCAAUAAAUGCUGCCACCACCCCUGGUUCUCCAACUCUGUCAAAACUCAAUAGUGGGUCACUGCCUUCCCCUUAUGUUCAUGAAGGUGCAGCUGUUACGAGAAAGGUAGCCGGUGCUUCGGUUGUUUGGAAAGAUUUAACUGUAAUGAUAAAGGGUAAAAGAAAGUACUCUGACAAGGUCAUAAAGAGUUCUACUGGCUAUGCAUUGCCUGGAACAAUGACGGUUAUUAUGGGUCCUGCCAAGUCCGGGAAGUCUACUCUACUAAGAGCUCUUGCAGGGAGACUGCCUCAUUCAUCUAGAAUGUAUGGUGACAUAUUCGUCAAUGGGAUGAAAUGCGACUUACCUUAUGGGUCUUAUGGAUAUGUAGAAAGGGAAACCACACUAAUUGGAUCUUUAACUGUUAGAGAGUUCCUUUAUUAUUCGGCAUUGCUUCAGCUUCCUGGAUUCAUUUGCCAGAAGAAGAACGUAGUUGAGGACGCGAUCAUUUCCAUGUCUUUGGUUGAUUACGCGAACAAACUUAUAGGUGGCCACUGCUACAUGAAAGGUCUUCGUAGUGGUGAGAGAAGACGAAUUAGCAUUGCCAGGGAGCUUGUCAUGAGACCACAUCUUUUAUUUAUAGACGAGCCUCUCUAUCAUCUGGACAGUGUUUCUGCACUUCUUAUGAUGGUUACAUUGAAGAAGCUUGCAACUACUGGGUGCACCCUAAUAUUCACAAUAAACCAGAGCAGCACAGAAGUCUUUGGCCUGUUUGAUCGAAUUUGCCUUCUCUCAAACGGAAACACCCUAUUUUUUGGAGAAACACUGUCGUGUUUGCAGCACUUCUCCAACGCCGGAUUUCCAUGCCCUAUAAUGCAAAGUCCUUCUGAUCAUUUCUUGCGAGCAAUCAAUACAGACUUUGACCGGAUUAUUGCAAUGUGUAAAAACUUACAGGACGACCACGGUGACUUGUCAUCAGUGAAUAUGGAUACUGCCGUUGCUAUACGUACCCUUGAAGCAACUUACAAAUCCUCCGCAGAUGCUGCUUCUGUUGAGGCAAUGAUUAUAAAGCUCACUGACAAGGAAGGACCUCUUCUCAAAAGCAAAGGAAAGGCUGGCAGGUUUACCCGGAUUGCAGUUUUGACCUGGAGAUCAUUAUUAAUUAUGUCCAGAGAGUGGAAAUAUUUCUGGCUUCGCUUGGUUCUCAAUAUGCUUUUGGCACUCUGUAUUGGUACUGUGUUUUCAGGCCUGGGACAUUCUUUGUCUUCUGUUGUGGCUAGAGUUACAGCUAUAUUUGUAUUCCUAUCAUUUACAUCUCUACUAAGCAUCGCUGGGAUGCGAGCACAUAUGAAAGAAAUAAAGAUAUAUGCCUGUGAAGAAUCAAAUAAGCAUUCAGGAGCAUUUGUUUUCCUUAUUGGACAACUUCUAUCUAGCAUACCUUUCCUGUUCCUAAUUUCUAUUUCAUCAAGUCUUGCCUUCUAUUUCUUGAUCGGAUUACGAGAUGAAUUCAGCUUGUUGAUGUACUUCGUAUUGAAUUACUUUACGUGCCUUCUGGUCAAUGAAGGACUACUACUAACUGUUGCAGCCUUCCAGCUAGAUGUUUUCUGGAGCAUUUUGACACUGGUGAUUGUACAUAUCAUGAUGAUGCUCUCAGCUGGCUACUUCAGGAUCCGUAGUGAUUUGCCUGAAUCGAUAUGGACUUACCCUUUCUCCUACAUUGCCUUUCAUACAUACUCCAUUCAGGGAAUUUUGGAGAACGAAUACGUGGGCACGAGUUUUGCGGUGGGAGAGGUCAGGACCAUAACAGGAUAUCAAGCUGUAAGCAGCGCGUAUGAUAUCUCCUCCAACAUCAAUGCUAAAUGGAGUAAUUUGUUGGUUCUCUUUUUAAUGGCAGUUGGUUACCGGUUGUUGGUGUUCAUUUUGCUAAGUCUUCGCGUAGGGGCGGGAUUUAUUAGGAGCAAAGUUUGCCGUUGUAAUCUUAAUACAAUUAGAAAUGAAUGAAAAGAGAUUUUGUUUUUGUUUUUUUGUUUUGAUGGACCAUCUGUUUCUUUUCUCCUCUACUGCAGAUGGUGGAUCGCCUGAAUUUUGUAGGUUUAAUAAUAUUUUAUCCAAUAUAGUUAGCCAUUUAUUUGUGGCGUGAGCCGCGUAAA